AACAAUCUCUCGACCUCAGGUCGUCGAAGCUUAGCCAAGAAGCGCAUCCAUUUGUUCAUGAUGCUAACGUCCAAGCCAUUUAUUUUUGCCAUCGCGGGAUUUUGUCGACUAAGCUAUGCCUCAGAUAUAGGAGCUUGUAAAUGCGCUCCGGCAGACAGCUGUUGGCCGUCCACUUCAACCUGGAACGCUCUCAACACCUCUGUAUCAGGCCAACUCAUCGCCGUCCAGCCCGUAGCAAUUUCGUGCUAUUCGGGCCCCCUCUUCAACAACGAGACAUGCGCCGAGGUCAACGCGAAGUGGGAUAAAUGCGCCUGGCAAGCAGAGCAGCCAGCUGGAUUGUGCCAGGACGCUGGCGACCAGAUGUGUCCCCCCGUUGAUCCUCCAGCCGGGGCCACAGAAAGCUGCACCAUCGGAAACCAGCCAAGAUAUGCGGUCAAUGCGACAUCACCCGAACAUGUUGUAUCCGGAAUCAAGUUCGCUGCAAAGAACAAUGUCAGACUUGUUGUGAAAACAACUGGCCAUGAUUUACUUCGACGGUCCCAAGGGUUCGGGAGCUUGGAGAUCUGGUUGAGAUAUUUCCGCACCGGUCUCGACUUCCAGGAAAGAUUCCAAUCUUCUAGCAACUGCAAGAAGUCAAAAUGGAGAGGCAGUGCCAUGAAAAUUGGCGGGGGCUACCAGUGGAGUGACGUUUAUGCCAAAGCAAAAGAAAAUAAUGUCGUCGUGGUUGGCGGAGGAGCGCCGUCUAUCGGGGCCAUCGGUGGUUGGAUGCAAGGGGGCGGCAUGGGACCAGCUUCUCAUCAUUUCGGCAUAGGCGCAGAUCAGUUGCUUGAAGCCGAGGUAGCAUUGCCAGAUGGGAACAUCGUCACGGUGGACGCAUGCCGGAACCGCGACAUUUACACUGCCAUACGAGGUGGAGGCCCUAGCACCUACGGGAUCGUGCUAUCAGCGACUUUCAAAGCGCAUCCGAUGGUCGCUGGGGCGGGCCAUCAACUCUCCUUUCCUUUCUCACCCGCCAACAGGUCUCAGUUUCUGGACGCCCUCACGGCGCUGUACUCUUCCUUUCCCGAUCUCAUGGAUGCAGGCUACGCGGCAUUCGGCUUCUGGAGUCUUACAGAUGGAUCACUUGUUGGAAGCGCCCCCCCAGGCUACUUCCACAACGCUUUCGUCCUUAACCAGACCCUCGCCGAAGCACAAGCUACAUUCGCUCCGGUGCAGGAGAGACUUGAAAGUUUGGGCAUCGACGUGUCCGUAACAUGGUCAUCGUAUAACGACUACUGGGAGCUAUUCAACAGCGUGGCUGGAUAUGAUGAUCCAGGGUUUCCCAUCGGGGUAUUCUAUUCCCGAUUUUUCGACAGAAAAGCCCUGCAGAGCAACAUGACGAGCCUCAAGCAGACGAUUGAAAUAGUGGCCGGCGAGCCAGAGGAUUCCACCCGCCAAACCAUCGAGUGCAUGUCGGGAGGCCAAGUUUUCCGGGACGCCAACGACCCCUAUUCUGGCGCCCACCCUACGUGGCGCACAUCAUACUGCAUGCACAUUUCUCUACGUGACUUACCAGAUGAUGCUGAUGAUGACCUUAUCUCGGCCAUUAAACACGACAUCACGAACGUCAAAGGUAGUGCAAUGACAGCGCUCGCUCCAGACACUGGCACAUAUAUGAAUGAAGGUGGCCGGGAAGACCCAAGUUGGAAGGUGAAUUUUUAUGGCUCUAACUAUGACCGUCAUUUAAAAACCAAGAAAUGCUACGAUCCGAAGAGUAUUUUCUAUUGUCCGACUUGUGUAGGGAGCGAUGAGUGGGCAGAAGAUGACACGGGUCGGUUGUGCCGGGUGAAAUCGAAGGUUUGAGGGUAUACGACAUGGGGAAACCUCUUCAUUUUUCAAUUCUAUUUGAUGCAACCAGAGCUCAACCUCUGUUAAAGCUGUAAGGAUUUAAUCCUGUAUUCAACUACACAGAUUGACAUGCCUACCUUUUAGCGCGUAAACAAAUUAAAAGAAUUUUCAUUUUCACAAUCUCUUAAGCAGCUCAAAGUCGAGAGCUAAGGUCUGGUACUUGUAAUUGUAUUUAAGAUACUUUGA